AUGUCCGAAUUACGCUUUGAUAAUCAGACUGUCGUUGUCACCGGCGCCGGCGGUGGCUUGGGGAAGGCAUAUGCUCUCUUCUUUGCCUCAAGGGGCGCCAACAUCGUGGUCAACGACCUCGGUGGCUCUCACUCCGGCGAGGGCAAGUCCUCCAAGGCUGCUGAUGUCGUGGUUGACGAGAUUCGCGCUGCCGGCGGCAAGGCGGUCGCGAACUACGACAGCGUCGAGAAUGGCGAGGCUAUCAUUGAUACUGCCAUCAAGAACUUCGGCCGUGUUGAUAUCCUCUUGAACAACGCCGGUAUUCUGCGCGAUGUCAGCUUUAAGAACAUGAAGGACGAGGACUGGGACCUGAUCAACCGGGUGCACACUUACGGAGCUUACAAGACUGCUCGUGCCGCCUGGCCUCAUUUCCGCAAGCAAAAGUUCGGUCGUAUCAUCAACACCUCUUCGGCUGCUGGUCUCUUCGGUAACUUCGGCCAGGCCAACUACUCCGCUGCCAAGUUGGGCCAGGUUGGUUUCACGGAGACCUUGGCUAAGGAGGGUGCUAAGUACAACAUCAUCGCCAAUGCCAUUGCUCCCAUUGCUGCCAGUCGUAUGACUGCCACUAUCAUGCCCCCAGAUGUGCUCGAGAACCUCAAGCCCGAGUGGGUUGUGCCUGUUGUCGCAGCGCUCGUCCACUCGUCCAACACCACCGAGACCGGUGGUAUCUAUGAAGUCGGCGCUGGUGCUGUGGCCAAGCUCCGCUGGGAGCGUGCUAAGGGUGCUCUCUUGAAGACCGAUGACACCUUAACCCCUGGUGCUAUUGCUGCGAAGUGGGCCGACGUCAACGACUUCUCCAAGCCUGAAUACCCCACUGGACCUGCUGACUUUAUGGGCCUCUUGGAAGAGGGUAUUAAGCUUCCUAGCGCUCCUAAGGCCCAGGAGCCUGACUUCAAGGGUAAGGUUGCUCUUGUCACUGGUGGUGGUAACGGUCUUGGCCGUCAGUACUGUUUACUGUAUGCGAAGUAUGGCGCUAAGGUCGUGGUCAACGAUCUGGUUGACCCAGAGCCCGUGGUCGCUGAGAUCAAGAAGGCUGGUGGUGAGGCCGUUGGUAACAAGGCCUCGUGCGAGGAUGGUGACGCUGUCAUCAAGUCUGCCAUUGAUGCUUUCGGCCGCAUUGAUAUCCUGGUCAACAACGCUGGUAUCCUUCGUGACAAGGCCUUUACCAACAUGGAUGACAGCCUGUGGAACCCUGUCAUCAAUGUCCACCUCCGCGGAACCUACAAGGUCACCAAGGCCGCUUGGCCCUACUUCCUCAAGCAGAAGUACGGUCGUAUCGUGAACACUGCGAGCACCAGUGGUAUCUACGGUAACUUCGGCCAGGCCAACUACGCUGCUGCUAAGCUUGGAAUCCUGGGUCUCUCUCGUGCUCUUGCUGUUGAGGGUGCCAAGUACAACAUCAAGGUCAACACCAUUGCCCCUAACGCUGGCACCAACAUGACCCGCACCAUCAUGCCCGAGGAGAUGGUCCAGGCCUUCAAGCCUGACUACGUUGCUCCUCUUGUCGUCCUCCUCACCUCCGACCUCGCUCCCGAGCCCUCAACCAAGGGUCUCUACGAGUGUGGUAGUGGCUGGUUCGGCCGCACCCGCUGGCAACGAUCCGGUGGCCACGGCUUCCCUGUGGAUGUCCCAUUGACCCCCGAGGAAGUGGUCGCGAAGUGGAAGCAAAUCACCAACUUCGACGAUGGCCGCGCCGACCACCCUGAAGACUUCCAGGAUGGCUCUUCCCGUGUCAUGGCUAACAUGGACAACCGUUCUGGUGCCGCCAAGGGUGGUGAGAACGAGUACAUCAAGGCCAUUGAGAAGGCCAAGUCUGUGACUACUGAGGGCACUGAAUUCAACUACGUUGACCGCGACGUGAUCCUCUACAACCUGAGUUUGGGUGCUAAGCGCACUGACUUGCCUUUGGUUUACGAGAACGACGACAACUUCCAGCCUCUGCCUUCCUUCGGUGUGGUCCCCUACUUCAACACUGCUACUCCUUGGAGCUUGGAUGAGCUUGUCAAGGACUUCUCCCCCAUGAUGCUGCUCCACGGCGAGCAAUACCUGGAAGUCCGCAAGUACCCCAUCCCCACCGCUGCCAACACCUUGACCUACCCCAAGCUUGUCGACGUGGUCGACAAGGGCAACGCCGCGCUUGUUAUCAUCGGGUACACCACCAAGGAUGCUAAGACCGGCGAGGACCUGUUCUACAAUGAGUCUACCGUCUUCAUCCGCGGUAGCGGUGGCUUCGGUGGCUCUCCUAAGCCCACUGCUGCUCGUCCCAAGGGCGCUGUGGCCGCAUACAAGGCUCCUAAGCGCCAGCCCGACGCUGUCGUUGAGGAGAAGACCUCCGAGGACCAGGCUGCCCUGUACCGUCUGAACGGCGACCGUAACCCUCUGCACAUCGACCCUGAAUUCAGCAAGGUCGGUGGGUUCAAGACCCCCAUCUUGCACGGCCUCUGCUCGCUCGGUAUCUCAGCCAAGCACGUCUUCGGCAAGUACGGUGCCUUCAAGAACCUGAAGGUCCGCUUCGCUGGCGUCGUUCUGCCUGGUCAGACUCUGCGCACUGAGCUCUGGAAGGAGGGUAACACUGUCCUCUUCCAGACCACCGUUGUCGAGACUGGCAAGCCCGCUAUUUCGGGUGCUGGUGCCGAGCUCCUGGAGGGUGCUAAGGCUAAGCUGUAA